UCAGCCCAGCCCAGUGCAGCUCUUCUGUCAUUCAGCAGAGAACAAAUUUCAGACCCACAUUCUCUAGCUCUGGAUGGGUAACAGGAAUAAUUUAGGCAGUUUUGGGGGGGUGUUUUUGUAGCAUCCCUGUCCCUUUUAUAUAUAUAUAUAUAUAUAUAUAUAUAUAGUGUCUGUCUGGAAAUGGCUGGAAGGAAACUAUGCUACCGGAAGAGAAUUCUACUUUGCUUUGUAUUGGUCAUUGUCUGGGAGUCAGCUUCUGGGCAACUGCGUUAUGUAAUUCCUGAGGAAAUGGAGAAAGGCUCUUUUGUUGGAGAUAUUGCAAAGGAUCUUAAUUUGAAUAUAAAGGAGUUAUCAAGUGGGGAUGUCCAGAUAAUUUCCAGAGGUAUGAAGCAAUAUUUUGUGCUUGAUUUGAGAAAUGGUCAUUUGUUUAUCAAUGAAGUCAUUGAUAGGGAGCAGAUUUGCCACCAGAUGGAGAGAUGCUUGUUAAAUUUUGAGAUUUUUGUCAAGGAUAAGAUGAAGUUUUUUACUACUCAAGUUGAAAUAGCAGAUAUUAAUGACAAUUCACCCAGUUUCCCUGUGGAAGAGCUGGAGUUCAAAAUCUUGGAAAACACAGGUCUGGGGGCACAUUUUCUUUUACCAGAUGCCCAGGAUCCAGAUCUGGGAACUAAUUCUCUCCAGAGCUACCAUCUUAGCAGCAACAAACACUUUUCUCUGGAUAUACAAACUGGAGUUGAUGGAGUCAGGUAUGCAGAAAUGGUCCUUAAAGAAUUAUUAGAUCAUGAAGAAGAGAAAAGACAUCAACUGAUUCUCACAGCUGCGGAUGGAGGAGAACCAGUCAGAUCUGGUACGGUACAAAUCUAUGUUGCUGUUGCAGAUGCAAAUGACAAUGCCCCAGUUUUUAGCACAUCUCUUUAUGAAGUGAAUAUUGUGGAAAAUAUCCUUAAAGGGUCCCAAGUGCUAACGCUGAAUGCAACUGACCUGGAUGAGGAAAUAAAUUCAAAGGUAAGCUAUUCAUUUAGAAAAUUUUCAGAAAAAGCUUCCAAAAUAUUCCACUUGGAUUCUGCUACAGGACAAAUAUCAGUCAUUGGGAAUAUAGACUUUGAAGAUUCUAAAUUAUAUGAAAUGGAAGUUCAAGCCCAAGAUGUAGCUGGAUUGUCUACUCGUGCCAGAGUUGUUAUCAGAAUAAUGGAUGCCAAUGAUAAUUCACCAGAGAUCACAAUUACGCCACUUCUUAGCAAGGUUGUGGAAAGCUCUCCUCCAGGAAGUGUAAUAGCCCUUAUAAAUAUAAAUGAUAGAGAUGAUGGGGAAAAUGGAGAGGUCACAUGUUCCAUACCAGCAAAUCUUCCAUUUCUAUUGAAGAAAUCGUUUGACAGUUAUUAUAGUCUAGAGAUUGCUAGUGUUCUGGACAGGGAGAAGGUCUUGCAUUAUAACAUCACAAUCACAGCAAGUGACCAAGGAAGUCCUCCUCUCUCAGCAACUGCAUACUUCCCAUUAGAAAUAUUGGAUGAAAAUGACAACCCACCCACCUUUAAAACUACAUCCUUCAUUUUUUAUAUCGAGGAGAACAACAAAAAAGGUGAUUUGAUUACAAUUUUAAAGGCACACGACCAUGACCGCGGAGAAAAUGGCAGAAUAAUUUAUUCCAUUAUUGAAAAAAACAUUAUGCAGAUCAGUCCUAGGCAGGUCUACUCAGGUGCCACUGAAUACAAUGAGACCUUCUCCCAGGUAAGUUUGCAUAAGUUGGUAGUCACAGACUCUUUUCUUUCUUCCUGUCUCUCUAUUAACUCAGAGACAGGAGUUGUCUAUGCCUUGAGCACCUUUGAUUAUGAAGAAUGUCAUGAGAUCCAAUUCCAGGUCAAAGCACAGGAUGGAGGCUCCCCGCCACUCAGCUCCAACGUCUCAGUGACUCUCUUCAUCCUCGAUCAAAAUGACAAUGGCCCAGAAAUCCUGUAUCCUUCCCCUCCCACGGAUGGCUCCACUGGAGUGGAACUGGCCCCUCGCUCCUCUGAGCCAGGCUACCUGGUCACUAAGGUGGUGGCCGUGGAUGCAGAUUCUGGCCAGAAUGCUUGGCUCUCCUACCAGCUGAUCAAGGCCACAGAGCCCGGGCUCUUCACUGUGGGACUCCAUACUGGAGAGAUCAGGACAGCCCGUUUCUUUCUGGAGAAGGAUGCCCUCAAGCAAAGCCUGGUGGUUUUGGUGAAGGACAAUGGGCAGCCGCCUCUCUCCGCCUCAGUCACUGUCACUGUGGUGCUGGCUGACAGCAUCCCUGAAAGCCUCUCUGAUGUGAGCAGCAUCUCAGCUCCUAUAGAUGAUCCCCAGUCUGACCUCACCUUCUACCUGGUAAUUGCUGUGGCUUUUGUCUCCUGCUUGUUUUUCACCUUCCUUCUUGUAUUGUUGGCUCUCAGACUUUACAGGUUGAAAAACUCACACCUGUUUGACUCAGGAAGUGUGCAAUUCAGUGGAGUUCCAGUUUCACAGUUUGUGGGCAUCGAUGGAGUCCGUGCUUUUCUUCAUUCUUACUGCCAUGAGGGUUCAUUAACCACUUGCUCCCAAAAGAGUCAAUUUUUUUUUCCUAUUGGAAGCUGUACAGAUACUCUUACACCUCAGCAGGCUCCUGAUAAAUUAGUAACUCUAGAAGAAUCAAGCACUGAAAAAGAAAAACAGAACUCUCUGCAGGUGAAAAUUUCAGAUGUAAAUGAUAAUGCACCAGUCUUCAAUAGGACACAAUAUAUGUAUUAUUUAACUGAGAACAACCCCAGAGGUGCAUCUGUUUGCUCCAUGAAAGCAAGUGACCCUGACUCUAUGGAAAAUGCCACAGUCACAUUUUCCAUCACUGAAAGAGGCAUCAAUGACUUUAUUAUCUCCUCCUACCUUUCAAUUAAUUCUGAAACUGGAGUUGUUUAUGCACUGCACUCAUUUGAUUAUGAAGAGUUCCAAGAGAUUAACUUCCAGGUCAAGGCUCAGGAUGGAGGUUCCCCGCCACUCAGCUCCAACGUCUCAGUGACUCUCUUCAUCCUCGAUCAGAAUGACAAUGCUCCAGAAAUCCUGUAUCCUUCCCCUCCCAUGGAUGGCUCCACUGGAGUAGAACUGGCCCCUUGCUCCUCUGAGCCAGGUUACCUGGUCACUAAGGUGGUGGCCGUGGAUGUGGACUCUGGCCAGAAUGCCUGGCUCUCCUACCAGCUGAUCAAGGCCACAGAGCCAGGGCUCUUCACUGUGGGACUCCACACUGGAGAGAUCAGGACAGCCCGUUUCUUUCUGGAGAAGGAUGCCCUCAAGCAAAGCCUGGUGGUUUUGGUGAAGGACAAUGGGCAGCCGCCUCUCUCCGCCUCAGUCACUGUCACUGUUGUGCUGGCUGACAGCAUCCCUGAGAUAUUGACUGAUUUGAGCAGUGCCUUGGUUCUUCCUGAUCCACAGUCAGACCUCACCUUCUACCUGGUAAUUGCUGUGGCUUUUGUCUCCUGCUUGUUCUUCAUCUUCCUCCUUGUGUUACUUGCUAUCAGGUUGCACAAGUGGAGAAAUUCUCAACUGUGCGACUCUGCAAGUGUGAAUUUCAGCGGAGUUCCAGUUUCACAGUUUGUGGGCAUUGAUGGAGUCCGAGCAUUUCUUCAGUCUUAUUGCCAGGAGGUUUCAUUGACUUCGGGCUCUCAAAAAAGCCAGAUUUUAUUCCCAAUUGGAAGCUGUACCAAUACCCUGACAACACAGCAGGCUUCUACUAAACCAGAUCAAUUCUUAAUCAUAGGUGAUUCGAAUGCCCCUCAGGAGGAGGCAGCAGUCCAUGAGGCAGUUGCUGGGCAGAUCAACUAUGCCAUUCCUGAGGAAAUGCAAAAAGGCUCCUUUGUGGGGAAUAUUGCAAAGGAUCUAGGAAUAGAUGGAAAGCACUUUUCAGACCAUGGACUCCGGAUUGUUACCAGGACAGGUACGAUUCAGCAUUUUGCUUUGAACUUCAACAGUGGUAAUUUACAAAUAUCUGAGAGAAUAGACAGAGAGGAAAUCUGUGGAAUGGCAGAGAGCUGCAUUUUAACUUUUCAAGUUAUUAUUGAGAGCAAGCUAGAGAUCUAUAGAGUUGAAGUAAAAAUUACUGAUAUCAAUGACAAUGCUCCAAAGUUCUCAUUAGAGAAACAGAAACUGAAAAUUGGCGAGGCAUCUGCACCUGGAUCCCGGUUUCCUCUUCCUGAAGCUCAAGAUCCAGAUCUGGGUAUUAAUUCUGUACAGAGCUACCAACUCACAGGCAGUAGCCAUUUUUCUCUAGAUGUACAAAAGGAAGAAAAUGGUGCCAGACAUGCUGAGUUGGUGUUGGAAAAAUCUCUGGACAGAGAGGAGCAAUUAGGUUAUGAUCUAAUCCUCACAGCUACUGAUGGUGGUGAUCCAAUCAGAUCUGCCACUUCUCAAAUCCAGGUCAUUGUUCUUGAUGCAAAUGAUAAUGCACCAGUUUUUACUCAACAAGCUUAUGAAGUAAGUGUCAAGGAGAACAUUCCUAAAGGAUCCAGUGUGGUAAGUAUAACAGCCACUGAUCUGGAUGAAGGACUAAAUGGAGAGAUAAAAUACUCAUUCAAAAAAAUCACAGAGAAAGAUUCUACAAUAUUUCUUUUAAAUUCAACAACUGGUGCAAUAAUACUAAUGGGGAACCUUGAUUAUGAAGAAUCACCUUUAUAUGAAUUUCAGGUGAAAGCCGAGGAUGGAGGAGGACUGAGUGAUUGGUCAAAAGUUGUGAUUAUUGUUAUGGAUCUGAAUGACAAUGCACCCGAAUUAGCAAUAACAUUUUCCAUCAAUACCAUCCAUGAGAAUUCACCAACAGGAACAGUUAUUGCCCUUCUAAAUGUACAAGAUCAAGAUUCAGGACUCAAUGGAGAAGUCACAUGCUCAAUUCCCAGCAUACUCCCUUUCCAGCUAAAGAAAUCCGUUGAAAACUUUUAUAGUUUAGUGACACGCAACAACCUUGACAGGGAGCAGGUGGCAGUUUACAAUAUCACUAUUACAGCUACUGAUCACGGGACACCACCACUCUCUGUGUCUGCUUUUAUUUCACUCCAGAUUCUAGACACAAAUGACAAUCCUCCCCUUUUUGUAGAGUCAGCCUACAUGUCUUAUGUUCUGGAAAAUAAUCUCAGAGGAGCUUCAAUUUUUUCCGUUAAAGCAAAGGAUCCGGAUUGGGAAGAGAAUUCCCGAUUAAGUUAUUCCAUCAUUGAAGACCAGAUGACUGAAUCCCUUCUUUCUUCCUAUCUCUCCAUUAACUCAGAGACUGGAGUUAUCUAUGCCUUGCACUCUUUUGAUUAUGAAGAGUUUCAGGAGAUUCGAUUCCAGGUAAGGGCCCAGGAUGGAGGCUCCCCACCACUCAGCUCCAAUGUCUCAGUGACUCUCUUUAUCCAGGAUCAGAAUGACAAUGCUCCAGAAAUCUUAUACCCCUCCCCUCCCACCGAUGGCUCCACUGGAGUAGAAUUGGCCCCUCGCUCCUCUGAAACAAGUUACCUGGUCACAAAGGUUGUGGCUGUGGAUGCAGAUUCAGCCCAGAAUGCCUGGCUGUCUUACCAGCUGAUCAAAGCCACAGAGCCAGGGCUCUUCACUGUGGGACUCCACACUGGAGAAAUCAGGACAGCCCGUUUUUUUCUGGAAAAAGAUGCCUUCAAGCAAAGCUUGGUGGUUUUAGUCAAGGACAAUGGGCAGCCACCUCUGUCCACCUCAGUCACAGUCACUGUGGUGCUGGCUGACAGCAUUCCUGAGUUAUUGACUGAUUUGAGUAGUAUCUCAACUCUUCCUGAUCCACAGCCCAACCUCACUUUCUACCUGGUGAUUGCUGUGGCUUUUGUCUCCUGCUUGUUCUUCAUCUUCCUUCUUGUUUUACUAGUCAUCAAGUUGCACAACUGGAGGAAUUCUCAACUGUAUGGCUCUGCAAGUGUGAAUUUCGGUGGAGUUCCAGUUUCACAAUUUGUGGGCAUCGAUGGAGUUAGAGCAUUUCUUCAGUCUUAUUGCCAGGAGGUUUCAUUGACUUCAGGGUCUCGAAAAAGCCAGAUUUUUCCCCCAAUUGGAAGUUGUACCAAUACCCUGACACUGCAGCAGGCUUCUGAUAAGCCAGAUCCUUUAUUAAUCAUUGGUGAUUCUAACACUGUUCAGGAGGAGGCAGCAGUCCAUGAGACCUAUGUGGAGAGUGGGUAG